UACAAAGUUGACGGGGUUUCAAAUCAGCUGUUAAAACUAAGGCGCGCCUUUGGUCUCCUUUUUCGAAUAUUUAGUUUUAUUUUGUUAAGUGCAGUGACUAGUUAAGUUUAUAUCUUUAGAGAACAGCCAUAGAGAGCUUGAGAGUGUACUUAAUGUAUGGUUGUUAGCAGCUGAAAAAGGUAAAUUAUUCUUCAGUGGACCAUGUUUGCAACAUCAGGGUGCUCCAUUAAGCUGUGGGAUGCUAAGAAGUAUACCCUUCUUCAAGAAAUUCCCUCAGGACGUGUCGAUGGAUUAACAUGGGCACAGAAUGGGCAGUGUAUAGCAUCCCUUGGGGAAAGUGCUGCUGAAAUCACUUUGUAUGCCGUUAAUUCAAAAUCAACAGCUAACAUCGGUGUUGUUAGAGUAGUGGAUUCACCUUCAUAUAUAAAAUUUCCUUGCCGUUCAUCACAUUAUCUUGGUGUUGGAAGCAAGGAUGGUACUGUGGCUUUGUGGAAUCUUAAAACAAAAUCUGAGAAGAAAGCUUAUACAGUCUCCAGCUCUCCCAUUUCGUGCCUUGCAUUCAGCCACAAUGACUCCCAUAUUGUCGCAUCCUCCAAGGGGAGCAUCUACCUACUCUCAACAAUGAAUAACAAUGUUGGAGGACCUUACAAGAUUUUUGACAAGCCUGUGACAGAAGUUGUGUAUAGUAUGGUGAAGAAAUCUUUAGUUGGGUGUUCUUCUGAAGGGGGCUCUGUUGCCCUCUUUGAUGCCAACGCCAACAAGCUGCUACAUACCUUUGCUAAUGCCCAUGCAGCACCUGUGUCAUCUGUGUCCUUCUCACCUAUAAAUGAACUCUUGAUGACUUCUGUAGGCUAUGACAAGAAGUUUGUGUGCUACAGCAUUCAGACGAAGAAACAAAUUUUGACACACAAAAGUUCAGUUCCCUUGACUAGUGCUACCCUACUGCCUGGCUGUCAGCACAUAGCUUUAGGUGCAAUGACUGGGGAAGUUUUCAUUCACGAUCUCCGUGUGAUUCGAAAGCCUCUUGUGACGCUUCAGGCACACAAUAAAGCAGUUACAAGUGUCAUUCUUUGUCCUGCAGCUAAGCAUUUUUCCGAGGGAGCAUCUUGUGACCCAAAAGCAGCAAAUACAAAACCAAAGAAAAGAGUACCUUCUGCCACAGAGAUAUCAUCCAAGUCUGAUGCUUCUACGAAGGUUAGCCCUGAAGAAACAAAUCCACCAGCUGAAGUCUCAUCAGAAGAAAAACCAGAAGUAUCACCUCUUCCAAUGGCUAAUCCAUCUCAAGAAGUUAUGUCAGCUAUAUUUUCACCUGUGAGGCCAGCAGAACAAUUGUCACCUCAGGCUAACCAUGGGCGAGGUGAAGAGUUGCCUAAAUUUGAUUCGGUGAUGAGUCAGGCAUUUUCUCCAGUAAGAUCUUCUCCAGGUUACUUGUCAGAUGCUCCUUCUUCUGCCUCUAAAGACAAGGCUGCAUUGAUUGAAGACAUAUUCUCCCCUGUAAGGACAGCUCCUAGUGAUGAUGCCAGCUCUAACUUCCAUGAUGUGUUUUCUCCAAUAAGAAACACCACACAGGGUAGUGACAUUCCCCAAAUAAUAACAGAGCUAUCUUGCCAACAGUCUCAAGAUGAAUUACAGCUUAACUUAGAUUCCUCAGACAGAAGAUUAUCAAAUAAAUCUGUCAAGUUUUGUGAUGAGUUCCAUCAGGAGGUUCCAUCCCCAAAGAGCAGUCAACACAAAGAAAAUGUGAACCCAAAUAAACUGCCAGUUGUGGUUGUUACUCCCAGUAAAGAAACAAGGAAUUCAAGUUCAGCCCAUCCUGAUACACCCUCAGAAAAAGUCCUUUGUCCAUUGCAGCCAGUUAAUGAUCAGAAAUGGGAGAUUAAUUCACCUGCAAGAAAAUCCUUCAUGAAAUAUGUCAGUGAAGUUUCAGAACAAUCUCCUGGCCGUCGGUCUGAUUCUAGCCCUGCAGAAUAUUCUAAGAAUCAAACUAACUCAAUUGUUUCUAACAAAUUGGAGGACUCUAAACUAACUGGAUCCCUAGAUGACAAAGUUACCAAAUUGUCAGAUGCUUCACAAAAAAUUUAUGAAGGUACCAAAGUAGGAAGCACAGCGUCUCACAUGCAAGUAGAACUGAUCCGUAGUUGUAUGGCAGAGGUUUUGGAUGACUUCGAGGAUGACAUGAAUCAGCGAAUGAUGCACCUUCAGUUUGUGGUUACAAAACAGUACUUACAGUUGAAGGGAAUGAUGGAGCAGCUCCACAAUCUACAUAGUCUCACUCAUGGUCUUCUUACAGAAAAUGAGCGAUUGCAGACAGAAAAUGCACGACUGAAAUGUCACUUUUAAUAGCGUAUAGUCUUCCUUAAAGAUUCUGUAUUUUUGUACUGUUUUUGGAUAAUGUAUUUUACAAAGAUUUAUUAAAGUUUACUAAGAUUUUAGAA